AUGUUCAAACUUUUCGUGUUCAUUGCCAUGGUUGCCUGCGUAGUAGCUGAGGAUCAUGCUUCAUCUUACGCGUCGUUCAAUAAUCAUGUUGAACAUUCUUAUCACCACGGCGAUCAUCAUGAUCAUCAUGAACCACAUCAUCACCCAAAAUACGAAUACAAAUAUGGCGUCGAGGAUCACCAUACCCAUGAUAUGAAAUCUGCCGAAGAGGAACGCGACGGGGAAGUCGUCAAGGGAUGGUACAAAUUGGAACAACCCGAUGGCAGAACACGUAUUGUUCAUUACACCGCUGACAAACACAACGGCUUCAACGCUGAUGUGAAAUACUCCGGCCAUGCGGACCAUCCUUAUCAUUAUUAA